ACCCAACCACGGACGCACGCCGAGGAGGGAGAAAGCGGGUGUGGAGGGGCGGGCGGCCGGCCUCGCAUGUUUGACGACGCGGGGGCCGUGGCGGUGAAGCGGAUGAGGCUGUGGGAGGAGGACGAGGUGGAAGUGGAGGAGGAGGGGAUGGAGGUGGACGCGGAGCCGGGAUGGCCGUGGGGAACGCCGGCGGCGGGGCUCUCCAGGGCUGCGGCGAUCGUCGUGGCGGACGCGGCGGAGCCCGACUUCCCCGUCAUAUACGUCAACGCCGCAUUCGAGUCCGCCACGGGGUACCGCGCCCACGAGGUGCUCGGGCGCAACUGCCGAUUCCUGCAAUUUCGGGAUCCACGAGCCCAGAGGCGACAUCCCCUUGUUGAUCCCAUGGUCGUUUCAGAGAUCCGGCGAUGCCUCAACGAGGGGAUUGAAUUCCAUGGCGAGCUGCUAAAUUUCCGGAAGGAUGGCGCUCCACUUUACAACAGAUUAAGUCUCAUUCCAAUGCACGGGGAUGAUGGCUACGUGACACAUGUGAUUGGAAUCCAACUAUUCUCCGAGGCAAACAUCGAUCUCAGCAGCGUGUCGUAUCCGGUGUACAAGCAACAGACCAACAACAGGCCCAGCAUUCAAGAUCUGAACUCAGCUUCCCAUGAGCAUGCUCCGAAAGUCCAGAGUGCAGACCACUGCGGUAUACUUCAGUUGUCAGACGAAGUUCUCGCACACAACAUUCUGUCUCGCCUGUCACCUAGAGAUGUCGCAUCCAUUGGAUCCGUCUGUACCAGGAUGCAUGAGCUUACCAAGAAUGAUCACCUGAGGAAGAUGGUCUGCCAGAACGCGUGGGGAAGGGAUGCCACUGUCAAGCUUGAGAUGAGCACCAAGAUGGUAGGAUGGGGCCGUCUUGCGAGAGAGCUAACUACUCUUGAGGCCGCCUCGUGGAGGAAGUUCACGGUUGGAGGGCGCGUCGAGCCUUCCCGAUGCAACUUCAGUGCCUGUGCUGUUGGUAACCGCUUGGUCCUUUUCGGAGGGGAGGGUGUCAACAUGCAGCCUAUGGACGACACCUUUGUGCUUAACAUGGAGGCUGCAAGGCCGGAAUGGCGCCGCGUGAAGGUUUCCGCCUCCCCACCAGGCCGGUGGGGGCACACUCUGUCGUGGCUGAACGGGUCAUGGCUGGUGGUAUUUGGGGGCUGCGGACAGCAAGGUUUGCUCAAUGAUGUCUUCGUCCUUGACCUUGACGCUCAGCAGCCAACGUGGAGGGAGGUUGCAAGCGAGGGUCCUCCACUGCCACGGUCCUGGCACAGCUCAUGCACCUUGGAUGGUUCGAAGCUGGUCGUCUCCGGUGGCUGCACCGAGUCUGGCGUUCUCCUCAGCGACACCUUCCUGCUUGACCUCACCAAGGAGAAGCCUGCGUGGAGGGAAAUUCCCACAUCUUGGUCACCCCCAUCCCGCCUCGGCCACACCAUGUCCGUCUACGGUACGACUAAACUGCUCAUGUUCGGUGGGCUGGCGAAGAGCGGCUCGCUCCGGCUGCGCUCCAGCGACGCCUACACGAUGGACGUCGGCGAAGAUAGUCCGCAGUGGAGGCAGCUGGCGACGACCGGAUUCCCAAACGUCGGCCCACCGCCGAGGCUCGAUCACGUUGCGGUGAGCCUGCCCUGUGGACGGAUCAUCAUAUUCGGUGGCUCCAUCGCGGGACUCCACUCCCCGGCGCAGCUGUUCCUGGUCGAUCCAGCAGAGGAGAAGCCGACGUGGAGGAUCCUGAACGUUCCCGGCAAACCCCCCAAGUUCGCCUGGGGGCACAGCACCUGCGUGGUUGGCGGCACUAGGGUCCUCGUCCUCGGAGGCCACACCGGGGAGGAGUGGAUACUGAACGAGCUACAUGAGCUCUGCCUGGCAAGCAGGCCCGACGACGACGACGAUGACCGCUACUGACUAGUUUCGUUGCACAUGGUUCAUCUGUUUUAUAUGCUAUAUGCUAUUGUUCGUAACUACUUCCAGUAUGUUGUUGGGUAAUCGGUAUGAGAAAAAAUAGUGGAAAAUUAAUUAAAAAAGUUAGACUAGAAGAUUUUAGUGUAUUUUGUUUUCAUCGGAGAAGUUUCCUUUUAUCGGUCUAGAUAGAUUCUAUGGUCUAUAUAUUUGUAUAUUUUUUGUCUAAAAGAUCAAAAAAAACUGAAACAACUGCAUUGUAGAUUCGCAUGGCAAAGUCGCCAGUUCCAAUGUCUUGUACUCUUAUUUUUAAUCAUAUGUAAAAUAUAGCGCUGCUUCAGUUUGUAGGU